AUGACAGUUGACUACCUGCAAUCAAUCACCGACGAACAUUUAGCUGUGAAAAUUCGCCAUUCGUUCAAUGUGCUUGAACAAUGCUUAACGAAAUACACACCAGAUCAAAUCGUUGUUGCUUUCAAUGGCGGCAAAGAUUGCACGGUUGUUCUUCAUCAAUAUUCCUUAGUCUUACGAGAAAAAUACGCACAUUUAAGUAAAAAACCAACGUUGCGUGCGUUAUUUAUACAUAAUAAACCACAAUUCGAUAGCGUUUUGCAAUUUAUCGAUGAAUGUGUACAACGAUAUGAGAUCGAUCUGAUUCAAAUCAAUGGUUGGAUUAAAGACGCUCUGUUUCAAUUGAAAUCGUCUCAUCCAGAUAUACAGUGUGUUAUCAUGGGAUCACGGUUAACCGAUCCACAUUCAGCGAAUUUAAAAGAUUUCUCACCAACCGAUCCAACUUGGCCAGAAUAUAUGAGAUGCAAUCCGAUACUGAACUAUUCUUAUAAUGAUAUUUGGACAUUUUUAAGGACCUAUCAAGUGUCAUAUUGUUCAAUGUAUGAUCAAGGUUUUACAUCCUUAGGUGAUAAGGAAAGAACCAGUCCGAAUGCGAAUUUGCGAUAUCAUAAUAGUGCUACAGGUUUAGUUGAAUAUAGACCAGCGUAUUUAUUAGAUGAUGAGAUCAGUGAACGACAUGGACGAGAACAAUAA